GUUGCUACAACGCCGUAGAGGGAUACCUGUCCGCCCGACCUGGACAAACGAAGGGACCGCACCGCGUGAACACAAAACAUACACUUAAUUGUGGGCGGCUCGGCGUCAGCUUGAUACUCACGCGCGCUCUCAAUCAUAAAAUGUUUUGCUGUGAACCACGAGGACAGGCUGGUGGUAACUAAGCUUUGCACCACCAGGAGAACAAACGGAUUAUUACCGCCUCCUCCCGUUACCGGCUCCCCCACUGUUUAUGUGCCCGUGUGCAGUGAACCCGUGGCCAUGUCCUUGGUGAAGUGUGACGAGGAGCAGCGAUGGAUGCCAACGCACGUGCAGGUAACUGUGCUAAGGGCGCGAGGGCUGCGCGCGAAGGGCAAACACGGCACUAGCGACGUUUACACCAUUAUCCAGUUGGGCAAAGAGAAAUACUCCACUUGCGUGAUGGAGAAGACUACGGAGCCGGAAUGGGGCGAAGAAUGCUCAUUCGAGCUGCUGCCGGGGAUACUGGAGGAGGGAGGGCGAGAUGCGUACCCACCCGGUAGUGUCGACCUGACCCUCACCGUUAUGCACCGAGCCCUCAUAGGACUAGAUUUGUUCCUGGGCCAGGCUGUUAUACCGCUGGAUUACGCAUUUCAGGAUUGUAAAAGCAUGAAAAGCGAGUGGAACCGACUGCAAUCUAAAACUGGCAAAAAAGAGAAGGAACGGGGGGAGCUUCAAGUGACCGUGCAGUUCACUCGCCACAACCUGACGGCCAGCUUGUAUGACCUUUCCAUGAAGGAUAAACCUCGCUCUGCUUUUGACAAGCUCAGACAACGCAUGCUUGCUAAGAAGCGGUCUGUCGAAAAAGAUUCCUCUUCCGCCAUCGUUGCUGGGGGAUGCGAAUCACUGGUCCGCACUCAGGGGCGUUUGCCUAGUGAUGGGGGUGGCGAAGAGGACUAUGAGGAUGAUGAAGGUGGGGAGGUCCGGAGGAGUAAAAUGAGAAGUUUUUUCCUGCGUGGGAGGUUGCGAAAGUCUUCAGACACUCGCUCUAGCACGUCGCUGGGCUCUGAGAGCAGCGAGUCAUCAUCACGGGGUGGUAGCCUAAGCCCAACAGCAGGUAUCAGUGUCGUGGUCUCAGAUCUGUCCAACUCUCCAAGUAAUAGCAGCAACCUGACAGCAGACAACAGUCCAGAACACACAGUGGCUCCCUCACCACAGGUUUCUCCUGUCAGACAUGUGUAUGGCAAUGAUAUGUUUGACUUCAAACUACCAGUGCCUCAUUCUUCAGAGAACAACACCCCAAUUCUGCUUCCUUCGGUGUGUAUCAAUGACAAUCCAGUGGAAACGUCCCCUCUUACUCACCACCCGCCAUCACUCAUACUACAGCAACCUCAUCCUGAGUCAACUAAACUAGUAACUCAGUCAGGUCAAGCACAGGCAACCAAGCUGCAGCCCCAGAAAACAAAAUCAACAGAACCAAAAUCCCAAAUUAGUGCAGAGACCUGGCCAUCCAAGUCAGACUCCAAGCCUAGGCCUGAGCCGCAGCUCCCAGCUCUUGGGUUGCUCCAGAAAGGCUCCUCUCUGUCCCUUUCCCUGCAGAACCUCGAUCACAGUGGGGAAGAAAAACAGAGUGACAUCGGACGACGUUGGUCUUUCGAUAAACCUGGAGAGGAGGAGAAAGCCGCCAUUGUUGCAGCAUUAGAGUAUGCUGGGAGAAUUACGGAUGAGUCAGUGAUCGAAAUGGUGAUACCUGUUGGAGAUACAGAGAUUCAGAGCAAAAAGUGGCGGGGUUUGUUCUCUCAUGGGAGAGGCGAGACAGCUGGGAAAAGAACAAUCACAAGCAAAGAUGAAACAGAACAUGCUCAACCACACAAAGGAUGGUUCAGCUCCAAGGACUUGCAGAGUAAAGCCAGUCCACAUCCAGUGAAGCCAUUGACACCCCUUGAUGAGAAAAGGUCAGAGGGUCGUUCAGUUCUGGAGAAGCUUAAAUCCACCAUCCACUCAGGACGAAGCCACCUUUCAGAUCAAGAGGCUGACAAGAAGCUUGUGGAAGGAGGAGGAUCAUACUACCACCUGAACCACAGUGAGCUGGUUAAUUUGCUGAUCCAGAGAGAUACUGAGCUCAAAAAAGAGGGGGAGGAGUUUGAAAGGCGAGGAGCAAUGCUGGAGAAGCGUGAGAUUGAGCUAAGGAAGAUGAAGGUUCUAAUCCGAGAUCUGGAGGAUUAUAUUGACACACUGCUUGUGCGCAUCAUGGAGCAGACACCCACACUGCUGCAGGUUCGUCCCAAGAUGAAAUGAUAAAACCUGAUGAUGAAAUGCUCAGCAAAUCCUCCACUACCCCUCCAUUAACCUCUAUCAAGCCCUGGGCAGACUUCACAACCCUGCACUGCAACCAUAUAAAGUUACAACUGCUGUUAGUUGACAGGCAUGGAGGAGAUGGUGGAAUGCAUAACUGUGUCCAACUUUACCUGAGCCUCUAUGGGGUCUCUGCAGGUAUGCAUUUAUCGUUGAAAUUGGUACUUUGCUUCUAAAUUUGAAAGCUGACUUAUGAGACACGUGACUGUCCAGCUACAUACCAAAUUCACAUGUCGAUCAAAUGGAAGGCAAGUCCUUGACAUGUCAAACUUCAAGAGCUAGAGAAAAGAUUAUAAUGCACAAAAAAAAACCAUUGAUUUAAUUUAAGUUUUUUCUAUUAUAUUUUGGCAUAAUCCUCAGUUGCUUGAAUGGAGCGAAUUAGAGUCACAAAGUUAGAGUUUGAGGUUUCUUAAUGUGAGCAAGAGAGGGAGUAUUUAAGGGAUAGUUCACCCCAAAAUUAAAAUUGAUGAUCACAGCUUUUUAAUUUUAGAGUGAAGUAUCCCUUUUAAAAGAGCAAGAAAAGAGAGCAGAAUCAGCCAGUUUCAAAUCUGCUUGUGCCUCCCUACAUGUUUUCCGCUCUUUACUUGAGAGUUUAGGAACAGAGGCUCACACUAACCAACCUUCUAUUUCUAGCUUGUAUAUCAGUGUCCUUCCUCUCCCUUCCCUUGCUUGAGCCAAUGCACACACAUCGCCACCAGUGCUUUCAGGAGUAAUGAAUGGAAUAUAUAUUGUAUUCAUUGCAUAUAUGCCACUCUGACAAAAUGCCAAAUGCUGCCUUAUCAGACAGUAUUUUCUCAGUUCUGCAGUUGCUGAAGUCCUUUUUUUUUAUUUAGAUUGCACAUCAUAUUACAAUAUAAAUAAAUGCGAUGGAGCAUCUAAAGUGUACUCUUUCCCAAAGCUGUUAAGUUAGUAUAGAAAUAAAUAGAUGGAUCUUUCAAAGUCUUUAAAAGCUGAGCAGAGAAUAACAGUGAAAUGGCAAACGCCAGAAGUCUGCUCUAACAUUACAGUAUUCUCAAUACAGCAACAGCUCUGGCUUGUCAAUGUUCCUAUAAUAUUAUUCUGGUGUUCUUCUGAUGUUGCCACUAUCAGUGUUGCCACUGUCUGUGUACAAUGUAGCACUAUAUGUAGAUAUGUGAUAGAGGCAUUUGUCACAGCACUUUUAUACCUCUCACAGGCAUUUACAAUUGUUCUUUCUCAACAUCUAAGGAAGUGCACAUAGUCAGAUGCACGCACACACUGCGCAGACUAAUAAUCCUCUAAACACAGGAUAAUUAUAGUGUUCGAGUGCUGCUGAAUUUAUGAUAGUCCCUGCUAAGAAGCAUACAGUAACACUUUUCAAAAAUAUAUUUCUAUGAUUAUAAGCAUUUAAGGACUUGUGUUCUCUGCCUCCCAUUCAAAACUCUGUUUUGUCUGUUGAGUGAAAGGUGGUUUAAUGAAUGUUCAUUUAUUAAAGCUUAAAUUAAAAGUUUGCAAUCCCUCAAGAGUAUGUUACAUUUUACUCAUGCAAAUACCUAUUUAUUGUUUUGUUUAAUUUUUUUAUGUUAUUAUAGUUUUCUUUGUGGUCAGGUCUUUUUUGUCACCCUAUCAUUUUGCUCUGAAGUUCUGUACAAUCUUUUUUUUGUUAUUUGGCAAUUUCCUUUAAAUGCAACCUUUUGGUAUGUUGAUUGUGUUCAUUAUGAUUAUAUAUGUUAUUAAGCCUAGGUUUCCCUUCUAAUGGUCAGUAGUGAGACAGAAAGCAAUAGAUGUGAAGGCCAGGCUUUUACAGAAUUUAAGAAAUUCAUACUUUUAUAGGUUUAAACAGUUGAAAUAUGAUAUGAAAUAUAUGGUUAGUUUGCUACUGUAUUUAACAGCAGUUCAUGUAAAUAUUCAUACACAGCCUGCAGCCUAUUAAGGAGGUAUGUUCAAGUGCCCUUUGCUGAAUGUUAUCAUGGAAUGUGUCAAUGAGAAUGAUUGUAGAAGAUGAUUUGUAUGAUUUUAAUGGUGAAGUUGAUAAUCAUAUCUACAUAUAAUGUAGUACAAACUCUGGAAUUUGCUAAUAAAAAUGUGUUUACUACGGACAUUUAAUUUUUUAGAGGUCUGAAUAUAUAUAUAUAUUUUCUUUUAGGGUAAUUUAAAACCUAGUUAUUUUUUUAAAACAUUGCAAAGGUUUUACUUGAAAAUUGUAAGUUAAUGCAUUGGUAUGCAGUUGGAUGCCAGAAUUAUUAUUCUUGCAGAGUGGGCUCAAUUAUUCCUUCUUGGUUGUAGAGAUCACUGGAUUCCUGUCACAACAAAAAAAAAAAAAAAAAAAAAAAAAAAAUGACUUGCAUAUCAAGUAGCAUACAAACACUGAACACCAUAUGCACAGAGAAACCUUUUGUUUUAGGUUCAAAAUAUUUUCAGUGCUUCCCUGAGGAUGUUCAGGGUGUAGUUACCUAAGUGUCCACUGGAGGUUGUGAUGUAUUAUUUUAUGUAAUGCCUCAUCUGCGAGAUGUUCAAUUGGCCUUUGGUGUGCUUUUUGCAUCUCUGCAAAAAAAAAAAAAAAAGUCU